GCCGCCCGCCCACAAAGCCACAGGCAGGUGCAGGCGCUGCUUAGGCGCGAGCCGGCUGAGUCGAGCCGUUAGCGCGCGCAGUCCGUCCGUCCGUGCGUCCAAACCGUCCGUGCGCCCGUUGAGGCAUCCGUCCGUCUGCGCGCAGCAGCUCCCACCCAGGCCCGGCGGCCACGGUCCGUCGUCUUCCCGCACCCUGAGCCGCCGGGCAGAGCCGGCUUUGGCGCGGCAGCCAUGUCCAUGGGCCUGGAGAUCACGGGCACCUCGCUGGCCGUGGUGGGCUGGCUGAGCACCAUCGUGUGCUGCGCGCUGCCCAUGUGGCGCGUGACGGCCUUCAUCGGCAGCAGCAUCAUCACGGCACAGAUCACCUGGGAGGGCCUGUGGAUGAACUGCGUGGUGCAGAGCACCGGCCAGAUGCAGUGCAAGGUGUACGACUCGCUGCUGGCGCUGCCGCAGGACCUGCAGGCGGCCCGCGCUCUCAUCGUCGUUUCCAUCCUGCUGGCCGCCUUCGGGCUCCUCGUGGCGCUGGUGGGCGCCCAGUGCACCAACUGCGUGCAGGACGACACGGCCAAGGCCAAGAUCACCAUCGUGGCGGGGGUGCUCUUCCUGCUGGCCGCCUUGCUCACCCUGGUGCCGGUGUCCUGGUCGGCCAACACCAUCAUCCGGGAAUUCUACAACCCCCUGGUGCCGGAGCCGCAGAAGCGGGAGAUGGGCGCGGGCCUGUACGUGGGCUGGGCGGCCGCGGCUCUGCAGCUGCUGGGGGGGGCGCUGCUCUGCUGCUCCUGCCCGCCGCGCGAGAAGAAGUACGCGCCCACCAAGAUCCUCUACUCGGCGCCCCGCUCCGCCGGCCCGGGCACUAGCACAGCCUACGACCGCAAGGACUACGUCUGAGGGGCAGCGGCGGGGAGACCCCACCACCCCACGAGUUAGAGCGCCCACCAGGCCAGCGUGCAGCCUCUCGUCGGAGACCAGCCCCGCCCCCAGCCCCAAGUGCCAGGAGCUCUCGCACUGGACCGGGAGGGACCAACCCCGCGGCCCCUUCCUCGGCCGCACACCCCCACCCCCUUUGCCCGGGAGCGCGCUGGGGACCAGCUCACAGGGACAGGGAAACCUCAGCCCCUCCGGAGAACGCGGCUGGGUGGCCGCCGCUACUUGCCCACCCCGUCGGGCCUCAGCCCCAAAGCCUGCGUUGGGCAGGGACCGGCACUCUGGAAAAGGGCCAGUUGAUAUUUUUCAAUAAAAGUCUUUGGUUUUGCA